ACACGAUCUGAGUGCGUUUGCAGUGUGACCUCACAGGAGAGGUGAAGCAUGUGACGUCACGGUGAUGUUCCUAAUGACUUCCCUGAUAAUUGCACAUCGAUAUCUAGACUUAAGUAUGCGUUUAUUUUACAGCAGGUAAAGGUGAAUUCUUUCAGAUCUGUCAUGGAGACCAAAAAUGCAAGCCAGGGAAAGGACGAAAAUCCGAAAACAAAUACUCCUAACACCCAAAUAGAUGAAGUCAGCUCUCGUAGGGAGAUGAAGCUGAAAAAAACAGAGAAAGAUUUAGAAUACCACCGGAAAGAACAUUACAAACUCGCUUCCGAGACUGAGAAUUUAAGAAAUCUCCUAUACCAGGCGGAGUUGACUGAAUAUGGGGCCACUGAAUAUUGGCAGAAAUAUUUAAAAGAAAAAGAGGAAAGGAUCACAAGCCUGGAGGAACAGAUCAAAAGUCUGGAAGCGCUUGCAAUUGAAGAACGUCGUGAGUGGGAAAAGGAAAAGAAGCAACAGUUCGAGAAGUUUGAGGAAGAAAUUUUAAAAAGAAAGGCCAUCGAGACUCGGAUAAAGAAUAAGAUAGCUAACAUGAGAAAGCAAAUGAAAGUAUCUAAAGAAGAAUACAAAGAAAACCUAAGAAGAAAAAAGGAGGAAUAUAUAUGCUUUGAAAGGGAUAUAUCAGAAAGGGAAAGGAGCCACAUAAGUAACAUGAAGGAGAUGAGUGCUCUAAUUGUUGAGCAGCAAAACUCCAUUAUUCAGAUGGAAAACGAAGCGCACGAUAGUCGCAAGAAAAAUAACUGGCUAAGUAAAAACCUCACAGCUGCCUUGGUUAAUUUAGAUGAGCUUAAUGAAGUGGCUCAGUCACUGUCUAAGGACAAACUCUCACUGGCAGUGGAGAGAAAAAUAUUGAAGUCAACAUUAAAGGAGAGUGGUUUUGAGAUUGCGAGUCUACAAAAUAUGCUUACUGAAGUCACGGCCGAAGCUGCUUAUCUGGAGCAAGCCUUCCUGAAAUUGGAGAAAGAAAAAACAGAGAAUGAGAAAAAAAACCAAGUCACCAUCCAGGCCAGUCAGGUCGAGUUGGACAAACUACAGAAAAUUAUCGCCUUGCGAGAGAAGGAGAUCUGUCAAGUGAAGAAGCUGGCGAGGACCAUUGUGGAGAAACGCAGAGAUAUGGAGGUGUUUUUCCACGAAGCCCUGGAUAACGUCCGACAGGAGAUAUCUGACGAAAGAAAGCGGAACACAAAGGAGGCCUAUCAAGACUACCGUCAGAAAUUUAGAGACGCCAUGCCGGGGAGGAUAAGGCUCCCCCCCAUCCACACCUUCCAUCAAUGUCCCAAAAGCACCAAAUCCUUGUAUUCAGACAUGAAGGCAGCUGAAAAAGGGCCCCAUCUCCCCAGCAACGAGGUUCACAUGUCUGAUCUCACUUGGGAGCAAAAAGAAAAAGUGCUCACUCUUCUCUUUGCUAAAAUGAAUGGAGAUGAAGAACAUGUGAUCUACCAGAAGUUGGAUCUGUGAGAGUCCCGUAGGAAGAAGAGCAGCGUGCUGACACCAAACCUGCCAAAUGCAGUUGAAAAUUUCAA